ACACCGGUUGUCACGAAAUGCUCGACAUUUACGACACAAAUAUGAGUUUAUUACGAAUCGGACCAUUCAAUUACAGGCCUAUGAGAGGGGUCGACCUCUGGCUCUCGCAAAGCGAUGAGUUUAUACUCCAGCAUUUGUCCACAUCUCCAGAGGUGGAACCGCCAGGCUUUGUAGACGACGCCAAGGCUACCCUUAAGUUCAUACAACAGCAUCCCUUCCCAGGGGUCACCAUAUUUCCAGACAACAGACCGCGUUAUUACCGCAAAGACGACCUGACCGGCCAAUGGGUUCCUAUUUGUUAUUGAUUUCAUAGUUGACUACAGUUCACAAUAUAUUGUAUUAUAUUCAGAGCAUAGGUUUUAUGCAAUUAU